GUGAAAUUAAUCCAGUGCCAUUGUCCGCUUGACGGUUGUAUCCUUUUCAACAGGUACAAGCCUGUCGGCAUAAGAAUUGCUGCUGUUGGCUGUGACUCCAGUGGUGAACUCAAGACUAACAGAGUUGCUAUCUACUAUUAUAAAUAUGCCAUUUGAGUGACAGCACUCUGUUGAUAGGAGGGGUAUUUCCUCCUAUGCAUUUGUUGUCAACAGUCUGCAGCUCCAGACAUGCCACAUUGCCUCAGACACUUCUCCCCAUCAUGAUCAUGGCCCUCUGAAUGACAUGUUCCGCCCCCCUCCUUCCCUCCCCCCUCACCUCCUGCCCUGAUGAUCGACCCCCCCGGCGGUGAGGCCAAGCUGCCGCUGAUGCGCGCCCCAGUGCUGUUCCCAGCCAUGUCCAACCGGACGCCCAACUUCACCCUGGAGCAGAAGCUCUACCUGCUGCAGCGCAUGCAAGGCGUGGUGGAGACGGUGCAGGACUUCCGCAAGGACACCAACACCACGGCGCAGCGCAACGCCGUGUGGGAGCAGCUGGCCCGGGCCUUCAACGCCGCCUUCCCCGACCGGCCGCCCAGCUCCACCGGCUCGCUCAAGACGCUGUGGAAGAGGCUGAAGGUGGAGUGCCGCGCGGCGCUCCACCGGCGCCAGGAGCAGCUGGCCGCGGGGCUGACCCCCACCACGCUCACGCAGGUGCAGCGGGAGGUCACCGCGCUCGUGCCCAACCUCAUCUCCAACAAGGACGACCUGGACGGAGACAUGGGCUACUCCACCAACAAGGGCACGUCGCCCGUCACUGUUGCAGGUACCAGUGGGAGUGACCAGGAGGAAGUGGAUCAUAAUGAGGAGCAGGACAGUAAGGAGCAGUUGGCCAUUAACCUGGGCCUGGCCGCGCCCUCCGAGCAGAGGCUGGAGUCUGGCCUGUCCCCAGACCACCACGCCCCCCCCAACCAGCACCUGCGGCCCCGGCCCCAGCCCCAGGCCUCCUCCGGCUCCACUCCGCGCCCCCCCGCCCUCUUCUACCCCAGCCAGCCUCCGCUGCCCAUGCCCGUGUCGGCCCCCUCGCGGCCCUGCGUCUUCGAGGAGCCCCCGGCGGAGGUGCGCGGCGUGUCGCGCGUGUGCGAGCGCUCGGGCGGCGUCGGCGUCGGCGUCGGGGGUCCGGCGGGGGGCCCGUGGGACGAGCAGCGACGGGAGCUGAGCGUGCUGGAGCACGAGCAGACCAUGCGCCUGCUGGCGCUGCAGGAGUGCGUGUGGGAGGGCAAGCGCCGCGCCGCCAGGCAGAAGGAGAAGGCGGCGCGCGCCAAGAAACUCUACUACCGCGCCAAGCUCAAGAGGAUCGGCGCCGACGCGCCCCCGUCCAGCUCGUCGGACGACAGUGACAACUGACCUUUACACACACACACACACACGAGCAAGUGAUUUUAACUCGUGCUUAAAAUGGCAAGGGACUGGAUAGACGAUGCACUCAGCCUGGUCCAUGUCAUGACUGUUGUUUUCAUCACUGUAAGAAUGAAUGCAUAUCUGGCACAUGGCGGAACUCUCGAACGGAGUUUCCAACUACACAAGUGUGUUCAGUUAGGGUGAGUGGGUGUUCGUUGAAAGGUUUGGUCAUGCAAACUCAAAGUUGCAAAUCUAGGCUAUGAUCACUGUUUAGUCUUCAAAAGACUACUCCCACAAAAAUGCAUUUCAGUGCAUCGAGGUGUUUUGUUAAAGCUGCUGUAAGCAAUACUCAUUUUUGAAUAAGCUAAACAAACAUUACAUUCUGGUAGUAAUCACUGAAAUAUGGACUACAUUUAUACUGCGCUUUUCUACUGUCAGACAUUCAAAUUGUUUCACACAGAAUGUCUUAUUUUUUCCCUGACACACACAUACUGUAUACACACACCAGUCAGCACAUUGGCAACAGAUGGGCUUCCAUGUCUUGCUCAAGGACACUUCAACACAAGAGCAAGAGGAGUCAGACUCCAACCAGGCGCACUCUGGUUUCCACAUGAUUGCUCCACCUCAUGGACCCCAAACAAGCUGUAGGAGAAGAGAGAGAAAAAAACGUCUGUUCCUCCUAACCUCCCCGUUAGGCUACUAUAAAUGCCACAUCACAGUGAGAGUAUAGAUCAGUCAAGGAACAACUAAAGCGAAGGGCAUCCCUGCCUGCAAAUGAUUUUAGCGUGUGCACAGCACAUUAAAGAACUGCUGACAUUGCUUACAGCAGCUUUAACAGGCUCAGAAUGUCCCUCCUGCUUUGCUGUACCCCGUGAAUCAAAGACCUGGGCUCAUUAGCAGCUGGUAGACUGUUGAUAUACAUACUACGGUUCUCUCUUGGAACUAGAUCCUCUUAGUUGUUUUUCUUUUUUUUAAAGCACAUUUACAAGAUCUCAGAACCUUUUUAGAUACCGUUCAGGUCCAAUUCAAAGCCUCGUGUACAAACCUCCACCUCACUUGCCUUCUUUAGAACUGGUGGCGUGCACCUGUUUCCCUGAAUGUAACACAACCUCAUUUGACGGUUACAUUAUGAGGGCCAUGUAAUGGUAUUCAUGGAUUAGUCUAGUGGGGAAAACUCAUGCAUUUCCAAACGUUGGGAUAAUAGGUUUUCGGACAGUACAUUGUCUUGGUUGGUCGACUACAUUUCAAGUUGGUUAGAUUGUAUUUUUUGCAACUCCAACUUCAAGCUUAUAUUUAUUGCCAGUCCUUGCCGAUGAUACCCACACAUAUCUGUAGAUGUGUCUCUGCGUACGUGAACAGAGAGAUCUUUCUUGGGUGUCCUGGGUAUUGUGGAUUCUGUGUAUGGAGCAUUGAGUAGAUGCUUGGAAGGUGUCUGGAGAUGCCAUCCAACUCAGGGCAGCUUGGCCAUAACCAGCUAUCACUGCCUCAUUCAAAUGUGUACGUGUACACAGACACACAGACAUACACACAUAAAGACAGCCAGACUUGUAGCAAUAAUUGUUUUUCCUUUUUUAUUUUUUAAUGUCCAACAUUAUCUCUUGUACGGUUUCCAUGGCAAUGGAGGUGCGACCGCCUCUCAUUACCCCAGGUCAAAGGGAUGCCAGCCAUCCCAUAAUAAAACACUUUUAAAAACCAACAGAGAUACACAGAUGCCUUUCCUCCCCUCCUCCAUCCCUCUAUCUAUGUCUCUUGCGCUCGCUGGGAGGAUGUCCUUUCUCUCUAUCUCUCUCUGUCUCUCCUCAUAUUGGGAACACAGUGGAAAAGUCUGGCCCCGUACACACACUUUGGGCUGCUUUCCCAGACGAGGAUUAUGCUUAGGCCUGGGCUGAAGAACAUGUCUGCAUUCAACAUGCUGUUAGCUUCGGGACUAGACCUAAUCCGUGCCUUGGAGAACGGCCCCUCGAUUUUGGGGAAAAAAAAGACAUUACCACAACUGCAAAAUACACUCUUUCACAUGGAACCCAACCUCCCAUACACACACACAUGAUAUGAUCUGUAAAGCAUCAAUAAAUAUUAAAA